UGCUACCUAACUCCCACGAGAAAAAAAUUAAAAUAAAAAAAUUCCCUAACCAACUGAACGACUUUGCUCAUCAUCCAAAAAGAGGAGACAAGAGCAUCAUCAUCAAUAUCAUCACCAUAAACAAAAAGAGAAAACAGAGUAGACCGAAAGGAAGAAAAUCAUCAUCCAUGGCUUCAUCAUCAUCAUCAUCAUCAUCUGCAGUAAAGACAGAGGCAGUUGAUGUUACACUAGCUGCACUUGGAUUUGUGUUUGAAGAGCUUUCAGCUGACAAAGUCUCAGGCCACAUUCAAGUGUCCCUCAAAUGCUGUCAGCCAUUCAAGGUCCUGCAUGGAGGAGUCUCAGCUCUGAUUGCAGAGUCGUUGGCAAGUAUAGGAGCCCACAUGGCAUCCGGGUUCAAAAGGGUUGCUGGGAUUCACCUUAGUAUCAAUCAUGUCAAGAGUGCUCAUUUGGGAGACCUUGUCUUUGCUGAGGCUACUCCUGUUAGUCUUGGCAAAACCGUUCAAGUCUGGGAAGUGAAGCUCUGGAAGAUUGGUACUAGUAGAAAUACCUUCUCUAAUUCAUCAGAAGAAAGAUCUUUGACUGCUUCAUCAAGAGUUACUCUUUUGUGUAAUUUGCCUGUCCCAGAAAAUGCUAAAAAUGCAGGCGACAAUCUGAAGAAGUAUGCUAAAUUAUGAAUCCCACUUCUUGAAGUUGUACAUCAUGUCUUGUACAAUCAAUAAGAAACUCAAAUCAUUUGCUGCACAAUCAUUGCACGGCUAUUUGCAGAAUUCGCAGAUAUCUGAAGAUUUUGGGGAGUAUCAUGAACCCCUUCCUUCAUGAUGUAACUUAUAGUCAGUAGUCACCUCAUGCUCUGUGCAGGAUAAGAAUUGCUGUCUUAUGUCCUUAACAAGUAAUCACCUGAACCUGUGUUUCCAUAUUACAUAUGGUUGGAGAAUUGGAGGUUCUGGAAUUGAAGUUAUGUGCCAUGGUGCGUCAAGACAUCAACAUGCUGCCAGGAUAAGAGUCGCUGAAACUCCUAUAAAAUUUGGUUGAAUUGUUAUUGCCCUUAGCUGACCUUUUGGAUGUAUGGAGGACUUCCAUAGCUGCUUUGACAUCUUGUUUCCACUGUUCUCACUUUCUGAUGUUGUUAUAGAAGUAUCCUAGUAUGCUAUGUUAAAACAGGGACAGGUAAUGGUACAACAAUUCAUAUAUUGCUUGCUUGCCCCUUUGCUUGAUUUAUAUCCCUACAUGGAUUAUAAUAUGCUUAUCCAGAUUUUAGUGAAGACUCUCAUAUCUAUAGUUCUAAACUUUCAAAAAGCAGCUGUCAAGUAGCUAGAGGAUUUCUCACUGGAACAAGGCACAGGCAGACCACGGCUUCAGAAAGAUUAGAUAAGAAUGAUGUUUGGAGAUGGCUAUUCCCAAGCUGUUAUUUCAGUUUUCUGUCAAAUUAUUCCCCAUUGCAGCAGGAUUAAUACCUGCUAGUCACUUAUGCAAUGUGGUUAAUUUCACUUUUGGCUUGCUAGAGACAACAUCGUAGACAGGAGCAUGGUUGUUUGCAUGUCUGCCUCGUUUUACCCUUUUUCCUUCAAAUGACACGAAUGCUAGGCAAUUGUCUGCCAAGUAACAUUCAAAUUCAACUUGUUUGGAAUGUAAAAAUAACCAAUAUACAGAAGCGCAAUAAAUAGAUUGAUAAUAGAGAUAGGUUGCUGAGUCCUUUUGCCGGAGUUAGCUACUAGGCUUCUGUUACUUAUUUUGUGUUUGCUUUCCAAAUUUUGCAUUUACUUUCCAAAAUCGAAUUCGCAGGUGCAAGAACAUUUUGGUAGCGGAGACUGUUAAUCAUCCUGUAUAUAAAGAUAGAAAUUGACAGCUCUUAUUAUAUUCACAUGUAGUUUUACAGGCCUCAAUCCUCCAAUAUGUACAAGCAUAUUCCAGGAUAUAGUAUCCAGCUUUGUGAUUAUGGUAAUCUGACAAACUCUGAUCUUGGAGGAAGCUAAGAUGUCACAGCAAUCUUCUGAUGCACAAGUGAUUUUUUCUUUGCAAUCUUAACAUUUUUUGAGAAAUUGUAUCUUAUAUAUGCAAAUAAAACUUCUUGAUAGAUUAUCCAAAUAAUCAUAAUUACCUUUCUCUGUACUCCACUUCUGCUCUUUUCUGUCCCCUGCUUUGGCGUGGAGUUUUCUUGACUAAUAAUUAUGAAUGAAAGUGCUAACAAAAACUGGUUAUAAAAAACUGAGAGGUUGCAAAAGAGUAACUACACAGAUUUUUUGUUCAAGUCUGGUGAUUGUAUGUAUCUCACCACUCUUCAGCACAUGGUUUAAUUGACUGAUUAAUUGAGGUUAUGAACCUUUUUGCCUAAUAAUUAGCAAAAAGAAUAAGAACUGCACUUGUUCUAUUUUUAAUACCUUCCCCUUCAUCUGAUACUGGCAAGUUUAGCAUGCUUAUUUCUUGCACAUUGCAGAUCAAGAUGGCAAAAUUAUCAUGAAGGAAAUUGCUCAAAUAUUGAAACGGUGAUGCCACUUCGAUUCUUUGUCAGCAGGGAAGUACUUUCACAAUCAUUUCCUUCUCAGAUGCGACGUUUAGUUGCAGAUUUUACAUCAACAUUGAGGACCAGGGAAAGCAUCCAUGAAUUGUACCUAUCUUUAAGAACAUUGCUUAAUUUUGAUUCUGAAUCCAUGAGCAUUUGCUGGUUGCUAAUGGUCAUCAGGUCACAUUGCUGGGAAGCCUGGUGGACAAAAAUUACCAUUCUGUGGCUGUCUUUAACAACUGAGCGGGUACAUCCUCUUGUCAGCUCAGCAUAUCAUGUCAAGUUCAAGCUGAGCAAUAGCAACUGUUAUGAUAGGUUAAGGAACACAAGCUAGAACUCAUGAUUCCAUAUUACUAUAGCCUAUAACUGCUAAGUGACCAGAGGAAAUAUACCGUCUUCAAAUGGCAAACCCUCGAAUGAAGUCCUCGUUGCUUGGUCAUGAGUUAUACAUGGAAAUCCCACAUGA